AUGCACUUCACUGCCUCCUCCAUCGCCAUCUUGGCCGUCGCUGCCGGUGUCCAGGCCGCUAAGCAGCACGAGCCCCCAGUCCACGGCAAGUCCGCUAGCGUUGCCGCCGGCACUGGCGUCAAUACCGGUACCCACCCCAUCGUGACUGGCUCCCCCAACACCAACGGCACCACCGGCACCAACGGUACCGUCACCGUCACCUCCGCCGUCUGCCACAAUGGUGCUUGCUCCACUCCUCUCGCUAGUAGCACCGCUGGCUCUGGCUCUGGCACUGGCUCUGGCUCUGGCUCCGGCUCUGGCUCCGGCUCCGGCUCCGGCUCUGGCACUGGCUCUGGCUCUGGCUCUGGCUCUGGCUCUGGCUCCGGCUCUGGUUCCGGCUCCGGCUCCGGCGCUAGCAACACCCCUGCCUCCCCAAGCUCCACUGGCUUCACCCCCUCCAACGCUGGUGCCAAUGUUGGCCCCAUGGGCAUGGCCGGCGCUGUUGUCGGUGGUGCUGCCUACGGUCUUAUGCUCCUCGCAUAA